AACCUCCAUGAUUUUUCAUAUAACAAUUACAUAACCUUUUUUUGUCAAAAGCUUUUAAAAGUUUUAAUAAAAAAUUUAUUUGUAAAUAAUGGCAGUAAGAUUAGGUGGUCGAUUGAAAGAAUUACGAAUUCAUUUAUGCCAAGUUGGAAAACAAAGUGAAGGUGUUAGGAAUUUUGUAAAAGAUUUGUAUCCUCAACUAAAAGAAAGUAAUCCGAAGUUUCCAAUAUUAAUCCGUGAAUGUUCUGGUAUUAAACCAAAAUUAUGGGCUCGUUAUGAAAAAGGACAAGAAACCUGUGUAAAAUUAGAUGACUGCAAUGCUGCGGAUGUUAUGAAGAAAAUCGAGCAAAUUGCAAAAAAUUAAAAUACCUCCUAAAUUAAAAAUAAUG